AUGAUUGCGACAUGGUGUCAUAUGAUCAAUCCAAUUAUAGACGGAAACCACACGUAUAUCGGGAAAGGAUCGAGUAUGUCCUAUAUCGAACGUGUGGAAAGAGUGAACUAUUUAUGGACACAAGCAUAAAUAACCGUUAAUUCGGAAAUCACAGGAGGCCUGCUAAAAAUUGUUUGCGCAUAAAAAUGGAAUGGCUAAAACCCAAUUUCGAUCAUUGAAAUAAAUAUAAUUCCAUGGAACGCACCGUCAGAUAAACUGCCUGUAUUUUUUUUGUAGCCAAGACCCGCGUGUUUAUAUCAUGAUUAACAGAUUGACUCCUCUUCGCGUGUUUGAAAAGUCUGGGACUGGCCUUUAAGUUUGGCUUCAACCUUUACAGGCGCUAGCAUUCCAGUUAAAUUUUAUUUCAAUGGUUUGAAUUAGUAUUAAGUUCUACCUGCGACUUUUUUGCAAUAAUCGCCUUUCACGGAUGAUUUAUCACACAGAUACUGAUUUUAUGAUUGGGUGAUGUCAUACAUGAUUGAUAUCUUACAUACUCUUUACAACGAGUUAAGUAAGAAUGUUUCAAGUUUCAGAGAUCGCGGAUUGGAUUAAAUUGUGUAAUAUUUUGAUAGUUUAUAAAAUACUUUAUAAAUAAAAUUAUUACAUAUUCUGAAGAACUUGCAUUUGAGCGAACAUUUUCGAACUGUGCAAUUAUUUUUUAUACACCCUGUGUAAAUAUUAAUUUACGAAAUAAAUACUAUUUAGAACUGAUAUAAAAUCCACAAUAAUGAAGUAUUUUCUUCUUUACAGAACGAGUAAUUGAAAUAGGAAGCCAAGACAGAGGACUUGGCCCAGAAAUACAACAGGUAGAACGCCAUAAGGAAGAGACUAUUGAUGUGACCAGCAAAAUGCAACCCGUCAUGCUAGAUGAGAAUAUUGAUCUGACCGAAAUUGAACUUUUUCAAGAUAUGCAUAUUACUGACCUGACUUCCGAAAACCAAUACCUUCAAGAAGGUAAUGCUCGUGUGACUACCGACAUGAAGCAAGAAGAGGAUAUUAAUCUUCAUGCCGAAAUAGAACGGCUUAAGGAAGAAAAUUCUAAUCUAAUUGCCGAAAUGCAACGCCAUAUAGCUGAAAACGAUGACAUUAAGAAAGAGAACAGCAACUUGGAAACAAUCAAUAAGCUCCUACAAGAAGAUAACACUACUUUUCAACAAAUGAACCUACCGCCGAUGUUAGGUUUGCAACUUCGUGGACUACAGUUCCUUGAGAUGAAACGACUAGAGCAAGAAAAAAGUAACUUGGUGAAGCAAGUUCAGGAACUUAGAGAAGAGAAGAUCGAAAAAAGUAACGAAACUCGACAGCUUACAGACGACAACAGCAACACGAAAAAUGAGAUUUGGAAAGUGCGACAAGAAAAUCACCAACUUCAACAACAGAAAAGUGAGUUCGACAACAAAAAUCAGAAGCUCCAAAAAGAGAAAAGUCAGUUGGACGACGAGAACCAACAGCUCCGACAAGAGAAAGAUCAGACGGACAACGAAAAUCAGCAGCUCCGACAAGAAAAAGAUCAGUUAGUUAACGAAAAUAAGCAGCUCAGACAAGGGAAAAAUCAGUUGGACAACGAAAAUCUGCAGCUCCGACAAGAUAAAAGUCAGUUGGACAACGACAAUCAGCAGCUCCGACAAGAUAAAAGUCAGUUAGAAAACGACAUUCAGCAGCUCCGACAAGAUAAAAGUCAGUUGGACAACGAAAAUCAGCAGCUCCACCGAGAAACUGCUGAAAUAAGCAUUGAAUUGCGGAAGAUUCGACAAGAAAACAACAACAUGCAAAUCGAAAUUGGUCAAUACAGGGCAGACACCAUGCCUAGCAUUAUUACAGAAAGUGGUUCUGUAGUAGUUUCAAAUGAUUUGCUGGGAAAAGGUGCCUGGGGUGCUGUUUGGGCGGGAGAUUUUUUCGGAACUAAAGUGGCAGUUAAAGAAUAUUACGAAAUUAUAUUGUCUCCACAUAACUUGAAUUUACUUCAGCGUGAAAUAAAUAUCGCGUCAUAUUGUCGGCAUCCCAAUUUACUACAGUUUAUUUGUGCAACGAAAAAUCAUCAAAAUCAUCUAUUAAUUGUAACUGAACUGAUGGACAAGGCAUUGCGUGCAUUGGUUGAGCAACAUGCAAGCGAAAGAUCGCGGUUGGAGUAUCAGGAGAUUAAAUUAAUUUCCGUAGACGUGGCACGUGGCCUGAACUACCUUCAUUCAAAAAAACCCAAACCAAUUAUCCAUCGUGAUAUUAGCAGUGCCAACGUAUUGCUAUCGACUGAAAAUGGUGCAGUAAGAAGGGCGAAAAUAUCGGAUUAUGGUUCAGCUAAAUUCAUGGAAAAAUGCAAUACAGCAAAUCCAGGAUCAGCAAUUUACGCCGCACCUGAAGCUAAUCAAGCAAAACAAGAUCCUAAGGUAAAUUUAAUGGGAAAUAUUUACAUGGGUCAGUAAGGAAAUAGCACAAUUUUUACUUUCAAAUAGGAAAAAGUAAUGCAUUCUUUUGAAUUUAUCUUGUUAACACCUGAGCUGAAUGGGGAUUAGCCCAAACCGAUUUUUGUAAUGCAAAAAUUGUAGCCUAUAUUGCUAAAUGCAAUGUUUGUCCCAACUAAUUCCAUGAAAAUGGCAAUUACAAUGGAAAAAAGAUCAGUUCCUUACAUCCUUAUCAUUUCCAUUUGAGAUUCGUACAUUCCAGUUAAUCGGUGCAAAGUUGCUCA